UAUUAACUAAAUCGAAAGAUCUCAUAAGAUGAUAAUAUAAAUAAACUAUUCCUUUUUGGACAAGAAAUAAUACAGGAACCUAUGCAAGGAAAAGUUAACCUUAAAAAAGUAUUAAAACAGGAAGUACCCGCCCUUUUGAAGUCGCCAUAUUGUCCAUGUCUUCCGCUUUCAGAGGCGAAUCACAAAGGGGUGGCAAACAGGAUUAAGAAAUUGCCAAUAAUUCUGUCCAAGUUUUCAUUUCAAGCUUCAUCUUAUUAUUUUAUAAUUGUGUAAACAUGUCAGAACCUAAUACCGAUCACAUUGACUCCGUAGAAGAAGAAUUAGAAGUGGAAUCUAACUACAAACCCCCACCAGAAAAAACAAUAGAACAAAUCCUAGAGACAGAUAAAGAAGAUGAAAGUUUACGCAAAUAUAAAGAAACUCUUUUGGGAGAAGCAAAGUCUGGAGGUGUUGUUGUAGAUCCAAAUGAUCCCAGGAAAGUAAUAGUAAAGAAGUUAGCGCUGUGCGUAGCAGAUCGGCCAGAUAUGGAAUUAGAUUUAACAGGUGACCUUUCUCAGUUAAAGAAACAGACAUUUGUAAUAAAAGAAGGUGUUAGCUACAGAAUCAGGAUUGACUUUAUUGUUCAACGUGAAAUUGUGCAUGGCCUAAAAUAUGUUCAAAAAACUUAUCGUCUUGGAAUGCCAGUGGAUAAGAUGAUGCAUAUGGUGGGUUCUUAUCCUCCAAAAACGGAAAUUCAAUCAUAUACAACACCGACGGAGGAUGCACCAGCUGGAGUAAUGGCACGUGGUUCUUAUAGUGUAAGCUCUUUGUUUACUGAUGAUGACAAACACGAACACCUAAAGUGGGAAUGGUCAUUUGAAAUUAAGAAAGACUGGAAAGAGUAAGCUCCCUUUUAUAAUGGGAAGCCCUACAACGAUCGCAAUUAAAAUAAAAAUGCCAAAAGGGACUCUAAUUUUUAUAGAUAUUCAGUCAUACUGCGAUGCCAUAACUGUAUUUUUUAAGUAAUAAGAGAAAGAGUAACAUUGA